UGUACUGUUCUUAAUGAGAUGAUGAACAUUAGGUAAGGUUCAGUGAGGACCACGAUGAGCUCACCAGGCCAUGGGUUCGGCUCACUAUUUACCCGAAACCCCAAGCCCCCAACCAGCUACUGUACCAACCCCCACCAUCACAGACCAGGAUGGAGAGGCAACUUCACCACACAAAUGCCGGGUCAUGCAACACUAUGUCAUUGAAGGGCGUCUUGCCAGUCCAGCUCGUAUUGCUGCUUGUAUGAACAGCGAACAGUUUGUAAUUGGAAACUUUGAAGAGGGCUGAUAUUGCCAACAAUCUACCAUCUGAGGAUACGGAAGAACUGCGACCUGUCGCUCACCCACAGAAGGUUCGAUUCGAAAUGGGGGAACAGAUCAAUGUGAUGCUAUAUGGCCUAGGGGCUAUCGGAUCCUUUUACGCAUUUGUCUUGAGCCAGAGUCCUCGUGUGCGUCUGGCUGUUGUGGCUCGCUCAAACUAUCAGGCUGUCAAAGACAAUGGCCUGCAUAUCAGUAGUAUGAACCAUGGAAAUCAUGUCGUGAAGCCAGCAAAGGUGCUGAAAACGCCUGCCGAGGCUGGAGAGAAAUACGACUAUGUGGUCUGCGUGCACAAGGCCAUUGACCAAUCUUCGGUGCCAAAACAAUUGGCACCUGCAAUCGACGAGACCAAGACCUGCAUCGUCAUCAUUCAGAAUGGCGUGGGGAAUGAAGAUCCUUUUCGUGAAGCAUUUCCGCAAUGCCCCAUACUGAGCUGCGUGACUUGGGUUGGUGCCAAACAGGACACUCCUGGCUUUGUGACCCAUAUGGCAUCGGAAAACACACAGAUAGGCGUUUUCCCCGACAAGAGCCUAGACCCUAGCAUGGAAAGGGACAAACUCAACGAGUUCACCUCCUUGCUGCGAGAAGGCCGAACGCCAUUUACAGUCGAAGACAAUAUCCAAAUCCAGCGUUGGGAGAAGGUCGUUUGGAACUGUGCCUGGAAUUCACUGACCACACUCACCAUGCUCGAUACGCACUCCUGGCUCAAGUCUUCGCCUGAUUCUAUGCCCAUGACACGAAAACUGAUGCGAGAAGUCAUCGACGUCGCCCAAAAAUGCGACGUUCCACUUCAGUAUGACUUGAUUGAUAUACUCAUCGACAGGAUCUUAGCAAUGCCACCCAUUGGGAGCAGUAUGCAGACAGAUUGCAAAAUGGGCAGACCUAUGGAAGUGGAGGUCAUCCUCGGCACGCCCGUACGAAGAGGGAGGGAGCUGAGAGUCGCCAUUCCGACGUUGGAGGUGCUCCACACCCUGCUGCUCGCGAUCAACAGUCGAAUGAGAGUGAGUGGGACGUGAGUGAGCGUCGUCGAGACAGUCCCCUGGCAUGAAAGACAGCUUUGACCCUUUAGCUGGAAGGCAAUACACCGUAUCUGUGGCUCUAGGUGUUUUCCAUCUCUUUACUGCGCAGGAAAUCAUUUGGCUUGGCCGGCGUUCGACAGCUCUUCAUUCAAAGGUCUGAAGAAGGGGAGGCAUAGGGAUCGAUCAACAGGGUUCGAGCCGAAAGGACAAGCCGCAGGCAGGAGGAAAUAUCUGCGAAGGCUGGACUUCUUAACGUGUGCAGCACUCAAUAUCCCUGCAUCAAGGGUGGAUAUUCGGCGACCGAACAGUAGACGACGUUGCAAAGAUCAAGAGAAUCAGUUACGAGUACUCUGGCCUGGCAGCGCCGAAUGUCUGCAACUUCGACUGCAAGAUGCUGUCCGCCAACGCGUCCAAGGCUUGGCAGAGACGAAAAGAACACGAGGUCACAUGACCGAGCGAGAUUGGCCUCCCCUUCGCUUUCCGUUGACCUUCCUCCGUCCCAUGUAAUUUCCUUCUUCCUACCACUUCCUCAGCAUUGAACAUAGACUUUUCGAUGACAAUUGUCCCUGAUCCAACUUAUGAUAGCGAUGUAUACUUCCCGCUCUAUCGCUCACUCAGGCCAAUUCAGCGCGACUACAUCUCCUGAGAUGGAACACAGUAGCCAUCAUACGGCAACGCGACUGAAAUACCGCCCAA